GCAGAAUCAUUCGGGCGCGUUAGGAGGUGGACACUAUACGACAUUCGCCAAGAACUACCGCACUAGCGAAUGGCACCACUACAACGAUGACAAGGUCACGCCGGCCAAGAAAUCCGACCUCGUGUCCAGCAAGGCGUAUUAUCUGUUCUACGCCCAGGACGGCAUCAACCCACAUGAUCUGCUGCCCACAGACAUCCAGCCCCAAGAGUUUACUACCGAAUGGCUCGAUGCCAACGACUUAGCCGCUGAUAUCGGUUCGCCGUCGCUCGCCGGACUAGGCAUUGUGAAAGCGGGUGCAAAGACUACUAGUGCGUCUAGGUCCAAGUCCCCGUCCCGGUCCAAUUCAUCGCUGCCCUGGUCACCCAAGGAGAAGAGCAAGACUGGCAAGACAUCGAGCCAUAAGAGUGACAAGGAGCCGGAGAGUAGUGCGAGUACUCCGAAGACGAAGAAGAAAGAGAAGGACAAGGACAAGGACAAGGAGACGGCAAAUAAAGAUAAAACAAGUAAGAGUACGAUGACGAGUAGGAGUACUCUGAGUAAAAGUGCCGGCCACAAGAGUAAGGGCUCGAGUGAUAAGAUGGACGGCAAAGCGUCCUACACAUCGGAGGACAGCAAGAGCAGCAAGAGCAGUGCGAAGAAGAAGUCUGUUUUGAACAAGUUCUCGACCAGUGGUGCCGGUGCCAAUUCGGUACUUUAUAAAUCUAACGGGUCUCCGCGAGUGGCCCGUAAAAAGAGUGCCAGCUUUGCGGACCUGGGAAAUGCUGUGGAUGCGGAUGGUAAUAAGAAAACUUUGUUAGACGCGGGUAAUACGACCCCGAUCGGGGAUGGGAAGGGUAAAAGUGAGAGCUCGUGGCUGAAGCUUAACCGGAAUGGGUCUAGCAAGAGCGAGAAAAAACCCGAAAAGGAUAAGGAGAAGUGCCGAAAUCAGUAAAAAACUAAAUUAGUAUGAAU